AUGUCAAGCUUUGGAAGUUUUUUUAUUUGUGGGACAGGAAACACUACAUGCUAUCUCUUCAUCAACGGAGCUCUUCAAGAACUGCACUGGUUUAAGCAAUCUUAUGGGUCUUGGUUUGUAGGGGAUUAUGUUUGUGAAGAUGGCUGCAUAUACACUGCCACUCCAGUUGAUCCUGUUUUCAUCCUGUUGCCCAUUUUUGAGGAAGCUCGAAUGAAGAAGGGCGAUGAUCCAGGAAAGUUCAGGCAAUUAGAGGAUAUAAUUUACAUAAGUGGGUAUCCUGGAUGUAAACGUUUGUUAUCCAUUGCCGAGAACUCUAUGCAAAUAGUUUGUGAUUUCAAAGGUAAUUUACAACCUUGA